UGUUUUCCUUUUUUUAUCCUGAUGUUUUACACAGCUGAGAGAGGACGUAGUGAAAACGAAUUGAACAGCCAGUCUCUACUGAUCGGGCGGAGUGGCACCGCUUCUUUUGUUCCAUAUCCGGUUGACGCUAAACUUAAUUCAAAUAUACCUAAACAAUGCCGUCACAAAAAUGUUCAGAAAUUGAAGUCUCGUAUGGGGUGAAUGGGAUGGUGAUGGACUAUUGUGGCUCCUAUCUGAAGAGGAAGAGGCACUACAGUGAGCAGUCGUCCCCAGGCUGCAGUCUGGAGUACACAGACCUGGAGGCUGCAGAGGCUCUGGUCUGCAUGAGCUCUUGGGGCCAACACCGCCCCAACCCCUGCAAACCCAGACCCCUUACCCCCGCCUCGGACUCCUGUGACUCCCUCUUGCCUCCGGACCCGCCGGAGCCCCCCAAGGACUUUGUCUCGCUCUCCUCCCUGUGUAUGACACCUCCUCACAGCCCAAGCUUUGCUGAAACCUCCACCAGCGCUGCCAUCCACACAAGCACCUCUCCUCUGAGCCGGCCCAGCUCCAGCCUUUCUGUAAGGGUCUGUGGGGUCCCACGUCCGCCCAUGGCCUCCAUUGCUGAGUCCCCAACCACUGGAAAGACUCCACCACCGGCACCCUGCCGAGCCAUGGUAACCAGCGUUAUCCGCCACACCGCAGACACACAGCCCUGCGAGCAAAUUCCAGCACCCCCCACCGAGCAACAGAGGAUCUCAGAGCUGGUGGUCCAUCAACAGCACACAGUAAAGACUGAACAGAGCAGCAAACCUCCCUUCACACCCAACCUCGCCCUCAUCUCUUCCUGUAGGGAACAGCCAGUCAAGACUGAGAAGGAAGAGCCAAAGGCUAUCCACUGUAAGGAGAGCCCGUCCCCUCCUCCCGCUAACGCCCAAUCACAAAACAGCCUGCCCACACGCCUCUCCCCGCCCCACACCUCCAUUCCUCCAAUCAUCUGCCAGAUGUUCCCGGUGAGCAGCCAAUCAGGGAUGAUCUCAGCGUUCAUCCAGGGCCCGAUGCAGACAUCCAGGACCCCCACAUCCAUCCUGCCCCAGUCUGGCCCUCUAGGGGCCCUCCAGCAGCCCUUCCUCAUGGGCCAGGCUAUGCCCCAGGGCACGGUGAUGCUGGUUCUCCCCCAGUCCCACAUGUCUCAGGCACCCCACUGCUCCCCACAGACUGUCAUGACCCUGGGCCACACCAAGCUGCUACCUCUGGCCCCCGCCCCGGUCUACGUGCCUGCCGGACCCUGCAGCGCCACCAAGAUGGACUUCUCCCGCCGGAGGAACUAUGUGUGCAACUUCCCCGGCUGCAGGAAGACUUACUUCAAGAGCUCCCACCUCAAGGCACACCUCCGAACACACACAGGUGAGAAGCCCUUCAGUUGCAGUUGGGAGGGCUGCGACAAGAAGUUUGCGCGCUCCGACGAGCUCUCGCGUCACCGGCGGACCCACACGGGCGAGAAGAAGUUUGUGUGUCCCGUGUGCGAACGACGCUUUAUGCGCAGCGACCACCUGACCAAACAUGCCCGCCGUCACAUGACCACCAAGAAGACCCCCUCCUGGCAGGCCGAGGUGCGCAGCCCCAACAAAAUGUCCUCUCCCAAGCCGCUGCCGUCAAACCCUGCCUCCCUCUCCCUCAGUAUGCUGGUACCUGCCUUAAACUAGACUCUGCCCAACACUACCCACUAGUGACUUCUUACCCAAAACCCCCAAACCAUGACAUGGAUAGGGGGGGCAGCCAAGCACACAAGGCUGCCAUUUAACUCAUGGAGAAUGUCUGAAGACACAUUUUUUCUUCUACUGCUCAUUUGUACAUUUUGGUUUUGCAAAAGGAAUUGUUUUUUUUACUUUUCAGAUAUUUUACACAAUUGUAUGUAUGCACUCUUUUGCCAAAGCCUUUGUAAUGAAGUUUGUCUUAUACAUUUCACCUGUCUUCUUUGUAUGUAUAUUUGUACAUAAUAUCUAUGUGAAUGUAUUGUGUUGUAUCGUAUUUCAAACUACAUUUGUUAAUUUGGGAAAAUGACUUAAUUGUGUAAAACAAUCUACGUGGAUAGUAAUCUAUACUGUGAUAAUUAUUUACUGACUUUUCAUAUUAUUUAAUACACAUUUGUAAUAAAGACAUAUUAUUAACUGG